CUCGUUGCUACCAGUGACGUUUACAAUCGGCAGCCAUAUUUUAGCAGAAGGGGAUAAACUCGUGUUUGUUGUCAAGCUAAACUUUUUGGGAAUUUUAUUGCUUUAUAAUGGCGGUCCCCUUUUCAAAUACUAAACUCAGGGUACCAAAAGGUUUUCAGAAUAUUUUAGAGGGUUUAGCGAGAGAAUGCUUGAGAAGCCAGCCAGAAAACAUAUACGAAUUUGGUGCCAAGUAUUUCCAACAACUUCUUCAAGUUAGAGAACAAACUGGGCAUGAUCCCGCUGUCCAUGGAGCGAGGUUAGAGGAUCGAUUCUACAACAAUGACUCCUUCCAGAGCUCCAGCACUGACCCCGGGGAUCCACAGCAGCAGGAGGCCGCCCUCAAAAUCCAGACGGAGUACCGCCGGCACCAUGCUGAACAGGAAGUCAAGGGCAUGAAGGAGGAGGAAGCCGCAGUCAAAAUACAGUCAGGUUUCCGUGGUUACCAAGACAGACAAAAAGUCCUGGAAAUGAAAGACCCCGAGGAGUAUGCCAGACAGCAGAAGGAGGCGGAAGAGAGGCUCUCUAAAGCAGGAAGUAGUAAGGACAGCGUCGAUAUCGACCUGGAUGAUCCAGAGGUGGCAGAGGCUGCUGUCAAAAUCCAGGCAGGGUUCAAAGGUUACAAAGCUCGCAAAGAGGUCAAGGAUAGGAAGGAACAGAGUGUUGCAGAAAAUAAUUCAGAUACCCAGUUACCCAGUGAGAAAGAAAUGGCAGCUGCUGCCACUAAAAUUCAGGCCGGGUUCAGAGGCCAUAAAACUCGACAAGAAAUGAAGGAGAAAAGCGAGGAUAGAGGAAUUUUAAGUGAGUUAGACAAGUCCGAACUAGAAAAUGCUGCCAUACAUAUCCAAGCUGGUUUCCGUGGUUACCAAGCACGAAAAGAAAUGAAGCAUUUGAGGGAAUCACAUGACCAAAAGGAAGAGGAAGUUGAUAUUGACCUCACUGACCCAGAUGUAGAACAAGCUGCCCUUAAAAUUCAAGCAGGGUUCAAAGGUUACAAGACACGCAAAGAAUUUGAGAGCAAGAAGGUUCAGAGUUCAGAGGUCAUCACCUCUGACAUCGUAAAGAAUGAGGAGGAAGUAGAUAUAGAUCUUAAUGACCCUGACGUAGAGAACGCAGCAUUAAAAAUUCAAACUGGCUUUAGGGCAAAUUACAAGGAUAGAAAAUCAGAACAGAGCAGUUCCACAAAAGUCACCAGUCCUGUUCCCGUGUCCAAACCUGAGUCCGAGGAAGAGGUGGACAUUGAUCUCACUGAUCCCGAAGUCGAAAAAGCCGCCAUCAAAAUUCAGGCCGGAUUUAGCCGCUUUAAAAAAGCUAAGAAACCACCUACAAAGGAUCAAAAGGAGCCGGAGUCUAAAUCUGAGGAGGAAACCAGUAAAGAGCCGGAUCUCUCAGCCAAGGAAACGGAGGAAGCAGCUCUAAAGAUUCAGGCAGGAUUUCGAGGCUACAAGACCAGAAAGGAAGUCAAGGAACAAAUGUCGAAAGAGGAAGUGAAGGGGGAGGAAAAGAAAGGUGAGGAGGAGAAGGUAGAUAUUGAUUUAAAUGACCCCGAGGUGGAGCAAGCCGCCAUGAAAAUACAGGCCGGGUUCAAAGGUUACCAGACCAGGAAGGAGAUGAAGGAUAAGAUGGACAAAGACACGCAGGAGGCAGGAAGUGAGGAGAAAAUAGACAUUGAUUUAAAUGAUCCGGAGGUCGAGAAGGCAGCCACCAAAAUCCAGGCCGGAUUUAAAGGAUAUAAAACACGGAAAGACAUGAAGGAUCAGAAGGAGGAUAAAGAAUAACUUGUCUUUGUAUUUUAGGAACUCGUUUUAUAAUUCCAGUGAAUAAUUUUACAUGUAGCUCAUUUCUAUAUUGUCUCUUCCAAAUUUUGUUCUUUCUACAAUUUGUUUAUAUUUUCCCAGAUUAUAUGUGUAUUUAAAUCGAGUUUGAUACUCAACUGCAAUUUUUGCAUGUUAUUUUUUGUGAUGAUGUUUAUGCAGAUUUUUAAAUGCAAGUGAUUUCUUUGUGAUGAAUGAUUUAUUUCUGUUUUACAGACUGAUAUUGUCUGGCUUCAGACCCAGGUGAAGGAGUGAUGAACACACACACAAAGCAAGUUUUCUCAUUUCACGUGUGCGGGCAAAUUUUUGAUUUUUUUGCUGCAUUAACACCCAGCUUUUAGCUUGAUAGCUACCUGUAGUUUAAACAGUCAUACGCGUUUCAUUCAGACAGACACAAGAAAUUUCAUACCCAUUUAUACAGUCAUUCAGUAAUCAAAGGAAAACUACCAUUUUUUUCCUCAAUAAAAUUUAUUAUAAACAUACUUAAGUUUAAUAGCAUAAAUUCAUUUUAAACAUGUAUAAAAAUAAACAGAAUAGUUGAUAAAAUUGAGGUACAAUAUAUCAAUAAAAACAACUAUGAACAUGAAACACCCGAUUCAUCACAUAAAAUUUUCACAAUCGACUGUUUAUUCACAAGACAUGUACACUUAAAGCAGUUCUGUAAACAGCAAGUUUGUAGUGUUGCUAUAGAAUGGUCAAACUUGGGGUGUGUGGUGUGUUUGUAUUACUUUAUAUAAAUACAUAAACUGUAAAUCAGUACAAAGUAAUGCUAUGUUUAGCCUAACUUUAACAUUGUUCUUUUUAUUAUCUAUGAUUGUAUUUUGUCAGUUUUGUUGUAUGUUUUAAUGACAACACCUUCCACUCCAGGUAAUUGUGGGGUCUUCAGGCCAGAACACAGAGAUUCUACCAAUGUACUGUGUAAAGUACAAAGGACUGUCUUUAAUUCCAUUCAUAUUUACUGUUACUAUUUUUAUACAUGUACAAUUUUUGUCCAUUUUGCAUUUUCCAAAUUCUGUACAGUUGUAAAACAGUCUUAUAUUGAUUUAUUGGUUUAGAUAAAUAUUUAUAUUAAAAUUUAGUACCUGGCAAGGUACACAUCUAUGCAUAAA